AUGGCGGAGAUGGGAAGUGGAAUUGGAAGCAAAACAGUGGCAGUAGCAGUAAUGCUGGUGGUGCUGGUGGGACUGGGAUGCCCUGAAUGGUCAAGGGCUAUGAGCUUGUGUAACAUGGACGAGAAGGGACUAAUGGCAUGCAAGCCAUCAGUGACACCACCACCGCCCGACCCGGUCGAUCCCACCUCCGAUUGUUGCGAUGCCCUCAAAGGGGCGGACUUGAAAUGCUUGUGUUCUUAUAAGAACUCCUUCACGUUGCCGUCUCUUGGGAUUGAUCCUGACCUUGCCUUGGCACUCCCAUCCAAAUGCAACCUCGCCCUUCCUCCAGAUUGUUAA